CCUAACCAAGUUUUUGUUCAAUUUCCAGCUGCCACACAAACAGCUGAUCAGCAGGAGGUCGCCAGCUGAUAAUGAACAGCUGAUCGAGAAGGAACCAAUGGAAGGAGGAGGAGAAGGAGGAGCAAUGAGAGGAGAAGAAGAAACAGAAGGAGAAACCAAAAGUAGAAAGAGAAGAUCACCAGAAAACAGAAAUCUCAAAAAUCCAUCACAUUUUCUCGGACUGGCAGGGAGUGAUGACAUAGAAUGGAAGAGAGAACAAGAGGAGAAGGAAAAAUGGAAGAGAAGACAGGAGGAAAAGGAAAGAAGAACGGAACAAGAGGAGAAAGAGAAUAGUAGAAAGAGAAGAUCACCAGAAAACAGAAAUUUCAAAAAUCCAUCACAUUUUCUCGGACUGGCAGGGAGUGAUGACAUAGAAUGGAAGAGAAGACAGGAGGAAAAGGAAAGAAGAACGGAAGAACAGGAGAAUGAGAGAGAGAUGGAGAAAGAUGACAAAUACAGGGACAAAAAGGAAGGUGAAGAGGAAGAGUUCCAGAGAAAAUUGGAGGAAGAGGAACGUAAAAGUAGAACGAAACAAGAUGCAUGGGAGAAAAAGAAUGAAGAAGCAGAGAAAACAUGGAAAGAAGUAGUAAAGAAUUGGGGGAAAGAGGGAAGACGUGAUGAUAAUUAUACAGGUGGAAGAAAAAAAUAGAUUAUAGUUAAGUCUCCAUUUAAAGUUACUUAACUUAAAGUUAUGUUACCUUAUAAAUGGAUAUGGUUGUCAG